AUGUAGACCAGGCUGGCCUUGAACUCAGAGAUCUGCCUGCCUCUGCCUCCCAAGUUCUGGGAUUAAAGGGGUGCCACCACUCCUGGCAAGACAGGCUCAGUUCUUACCCAUUCUGAUAAUUCCCUCAGGACAGUGCCUAGCAUAGGAAGAGGAAACCUUUGGACAAAUGAAUUUGUCCAGAGUCCAGUUGUAAUCUAAAUCAUCUAGUCGAACUUAGGUACUAUUUGCUGUCAGCAGGUUCACUGGAUAUAGUUUUUGCCUUUUUCCUUCUUGCAUAUUUGAUUCUGUACCCUUGAAAGCAAGAGAGAGGCUGUAUCUCGGCUGCAUUGUGAGAGUGAAUCUUUCAAAAUGGACCUCAUCUUAGAUGUAAACAUCCAGAUUUACCCUGUAGACUUAGGUGACAAGUUCCGAUUGGUCAUAGCUAGUACCUUGUAUGAAGAUGGCACCCUGGAUGAUGGUGAAUACAAUCCCACAGAUGACAGGCCUUCCAGGGCUGACCAGUUUGAGUAUGUAAUGUAUGGGAAAGUGUACAGGAUUGAGGGGGAUGAAACGUCUACUGAAGCAGCAACACGCCUCUCUGCAUAUGUGUCCUAUGGAGGCCUGCUCAUGAGGCUUCAGGGUGAUGCCAACAACCUGCAUGGAUUUGAGGUGGAUUCCAGAGUUUAUCUACUGAUGAAGAAACUAGCAUUUUGAACCUCCUGGAAUCUGGCUUCACUCCUUAGUCACUCAAAAGUCAUAGACAUUGUUCAAGUCUAAGUAGAAGUUGGUGGCGUUUUCCUGUGAAAGGGACUGGGCUCUCUGCCCAUUGUGGAUUCAUCUUCAGUUUGUCUGAAUUCAGUGGAAAACUUACUUGUCUGUAAAAGACCCAAGCAGGGGAGCUUAAAAUGAAUCUGAAGUUGUGUACAUGAUUUUUUAAAUUAAAGUUUAUUUUUUCAGA